AUGGAUGAGGCGGCGGCGGCCGGGCGGCGCGAGAGAGCGAGCGAAACGGGAGUCGCCUGCGACAACACACGCCGGGGAGUCGCAACCCCGUCCGCCGCACUCGCGGACCGACCCCGACACGACCGGGAAACGCAACCACGACCACCUCUCCUCCUUCUUCUUCUUCCCCCGCGGCAUCGGGAGAGCCGGACGGCCAACACCGGGCGCGGAGCGAGGGUUCGUUCGGGCGGGGGAGGGAAGGGAGCGGCGGGGCGGAGGAGCGGCCGGCGACGGCCACCCGCGGGAACGACGGAUCCGCCACCACCGCCGACACCACGGGGGGCGGAGGCGCGGGACGGUCACGGGGGACGGCGGGGGCGGAACCGGGAAAGCCACACCCGUCGGAGCCCCCCGCGAGACCCGUCGGAGCCCCCCGCGAGACGGACACGCCCCCGGGCGCGACACACCGCGCCUAUUUGGCCACGGCAAGAAACCGCGCCGGCGGGAACGGCGGGGGUCCGUGGGCGGGACGGGGCCUCGGCGGGCCCCCACACGCAACGGCAGCGAGGCGCAACGCCGGGGAAGAGCGGGAUCGCCGACCCUCCCUCCGGGAGGAGUCCGGGAAUAGACCGGGAGCGGGCGGGAGAGACCACCCCAACGGGGCGCGGCGGGAGAUCUGGCGGCAGCCGAGCCUCGGCGAGAGCCGGAGGAACGGGGGGGACCCGUGAAAACGCCGACCGCGUCGCGGGAGAGACGGGAGGCGAGACGGGCGAGAGGAGGGCCGCCGAGACCUCGGGGAGAGGAGGAAACAUCGACCGGAGCCCCCGCCGCUACAGGGCGACGGGGCCGGAAGAGCCCCCAGACGCACCUCGGCCGGCGGACCCACCAAAGACGGGUAACUGCAGCCGCAAGCCCCUUCUCCCCUCGCGGGGGGCCGGACGCACGCGGGAGACCUCCCCCGGCGCCACACAACGUCCACACGCAGAACGCGGCCGCAGCCGCGGGGCCGGGACCGCCCUCCAACUGCUCCACCCGCACACGCCGAGCGGCCUCUCCCGGACCGCGCCGAACGCCCGAGGCGCGACCGCGCGUGCACGGGGCGACCCUCCCCCCGAGGGGGGCACGGGUCCCGGCCAGCACGGCCGCGGGGGUCGGCCCGGACACGAGGGAGCCGGCAGCGGCGGGCGGGGAGGGGGAACGACACGGCAAGGACGAGAUGCCGGCGACGGCGGGGGCGACGACGGGAACGGGCCCCCUCACCCGAGCACGCACCGAGAGAGAGGCCGCCCCCGCCCUGGCGGCGACCGGCCGAACACCGGGGGGCGAAAACGGACGGGAAUCACACCGCUCACACUCCGGGAGCGGUCCCGCCACACCCGCGGCGCCGAACCGAGUCGACCCCAGAAACGACGACGGCCCCCCCCAACGGGGAGCCCCGGGGAGACGCAACGCGAGAGGCUGCCGAACGCCGACGCCACCGCCGCCGAGGGCCCCUCGAGCGGGAACGGGACCCCCCCGACGUCCGACGACGAGCCGGACGCGGCCGACCGCCGUCUCCAAAAGGCCGCCCCCGAGAGAGAGAUCGAUACACCGCCGAGACCCGGACGACCCCGGAUCCCCCGGAGGGGGGAAAGGUCACCCGCGCUCCCCCAACCGUGGGAACGCUGCCGAGGAGGGGGGGCGAGCGGGACGACGCCCCGCCACACGAACAGACCACAACGCACGCACCACGCGCGGCAACGUCCAAGUCGCGGGAACGGCAAAGACGGGGACGCGCACGGGAGGGCCGCACGCGGCGGGCGGCCACGGGGUGGGGGCAGGGGAACAGGGACGGGUGGGACCGGGAGCCCACCACCGCCCUUCCGCUACCCGUCCCGCGGCGCCCCACGGGGAUGGGAUGGGGCAGACCGCGCGCGCGCGGGGGUGCACACGCGGCCCUUCCACCACCGCUACCGCCAACCUCCGCCACGAGAACCCAACACUCCGCGACACCGGCAUGACGCCGAGCUCUUGCCCCGCGUGAUCCCUCCCCGGACUCGGAGCGAGGAGGCGCGGGCCGCGCUAGAGAAGGAACGCUUUCUCACCGAGGGCGGGGCAUACCCAACCCGACCAAGCACCCCCGGCCGCGGCCAGCCGGAGAAACGACGUGCGUGCGGGCGUGACGCUCACGCAACUCGACCUCCGUCGAGCAACGGGGGGAAGACACGCACGCGGGGGGUCUGCGUUAUGGCCCGCCUCCCGGGACACGCCGAGGGCACACGGCACGCAACGACGCGGUGGACGCUCACCCGACGAGGGGCCCCCCCUCUCGGAAACGGGCACCCCAAGGAGCCUCUCACCGGCCUUUGGGUCAUUACACUCGACCCCCCCUCCUCCUUCUCCUCUACCGUGUCUCCCGCACCAGCGGAGCGGGCACGGACCCACAAGAGGGACGGCAAACAACGGGAACAAGCCACGCACGCCGCAAGCAAGCAAAGCCGAGCACAGGAGGCGCCAGAGGGAACGGGAAACGCCACCGCCGCUCAGAAGCGGGCACCUCGAAGUCCUGGGACGCUCCAGGGGCACCGCGAGGAUCGCAAAGAACGAGGCGCGCGCACACCGACCGGGAGCGGCACGCGACGCCGCAGAUGA